GAACAUCCCCAGGUCAACCCCGAAAGUUUACUUUUCCUACAAGAACGGAACUUUCCAGCAUCACAUACAUGUCCUAACGCGACGCGCCUUUCGGAGCCUCAGAACGCCCGACGGCUCCCAUCCAAAGUGGCCUGCAGCUGACUUCCACGGCAUUUCACAAUUAGGUCUGGGUUGAGGAUGCCCAAGUGAUCCUUUACCAACAAUGCCAUGACGAGUGAUGUAUUUAUAGGCGGCCUCUAUCCGCAGUACUGCCUGCAACUCUCCCCAACGUUCAACACAUGGUGCCUCAUGCAGGCAUCCGACGUUCACGCACUCAAAACCGUGCCCGAGUAUGAAGUUCAAAACUUCUACUUCUACAAGAAUCUGCCUAUCAAAUGGGCACGCAUCGUCGGCAUCGUCGUAGCCGUAGAUGACUUCCCGAGCCGGCGCAUCUACACGGUUGACGACAGCAGCGGGGCCUGCAUUGAAUGCACGGUCAUGACGAAGACACCGCCGUCCGACAAGAGCGCUACCAACCCCGAAGCCAACGGGUGGUUCACCAAACGGCCACAACCGCAGCCUCCAGCGGACUGCGUCGACGUAGAUAUCGGCACCGUCAUCGAUAUCAAGGGAGGGCUGACGAGGUUCCGCGAGGAGAUGCAGAUCAAGAUUGAAAAGGUCAAGAUCCUCCGAUCCACGGAAGACGAGGUGGCGCUGUGGGAGAAGCGCACGCGGUUCCGGAACGAGGUGCUUCUACCGCCGUGGGUGCUUAGCGAGAGGCAGAUUCGCAAAUGUAGGAAGGAGGGGAUGAGGGACGCCGAGAGCGAGGAGAGGAAGCGCAAGAAGGAGAAGAGGCGGGAGGAGAGAAAGAAGGAGGAAGACGAGAUGCGUCGCAAGACCGAGGCUGCUGAGGCGGCUGCUGCGCAGGAGAACCGGUACCGUGCUUACAAGUUGAAGAAGGGAGACGGAUCGCGGCCGAUGAUGCAGGCCAGCCAGGUCGUGACGGCCGUCCCGACUGCAGUUGCCGCUGCACCAGUCGUAGAGGAUCGAUAUGGUGCCUACAGUUUGAAAAAGGGGCAUGCAACCCGGGAACAGCAGCCACAACGGACCACGAGGCCGGCCCCGACUCCGGCCACGGAAGACCGUUAUACAGCCUACAAGGUGAAGAAAGGAGGAGACAGUCGGCCGAUGAUUAGGUCUGAUGCUACUACUACUGACACCGUUGCUGCCGCGGCCGUGGAAGAUCGGUACCGCGUAUACAAGGUGGGCGGGUCUGGGGCUAACAGCUUGGAGAAGAAAAGAUGAGAGUGUGCAAGGGAAACAAAGCUCCCUCAAUUUCUGAUAUACGGUUCGGCAAAGAUGCUUGGGGCGCUUGGGAGUAGACUUGCUUUAGAUACCCGCGAUUGGCUCUGAAAUUUCAAUUGAUUACUGUUGCUG